AUGUCCAACAACAAUCCUCCUGGUUUAAGUUCUCGAAGAGCUUUAACAUUAAUAUUAAAACUGCGAUUAAAAAGUUAUGGCAUGGGAUCAGGAGCAUACAAUAACGGAAGACGUGGUGGAUUAUUUAAUGUAAUAGCUAAUUCAUUGUAA